AUGAGGUACGGCCACAUCGCGCCUCGCACGGACGUCGGCAAGCUGGCGACGGUGGCGUACGCGCUGCUGGGCGUGCCACUCACGCUGCUGUGUCUGACCUGCUCGGGUCAGCUGAUGGCCAACGCCCUUCGGCGGACCUACAGUGGCGACUCGGGCGUCUGCUCGGUUUCCACGCACCGCCGCGCCGUGCCGACCGCACUGACGCCGGCCGAGGAUCCAGAGAAGUCGGCAGCCACGUGCCCGGACGGCCCUGUGCCCGUGCUGCUCGUACUCGCGCUGCUGGUGGGCUACGUCGGCACCGGCGCCGUCGUCUUCAGCUGGUGGGAGGGCUGGCGUUUCGUGGAUGGCGUGUUCUUCUGCUUCCUCACCCUGUCGACGGUGGGGUUUGGGGACAUGACGCCGGGCGCAGGUGACCUGACAAUGAGCGCUACGGGCGCCGUGGGCGUGGGCGCCUGGACGCUGCGCGAGGAGCCUCGGCUGGUCUUCUGCUGCCUGUACCUGGUGCUGGGCCUAGCUGUGAUCGCCAUGAGCUUCGGCCUGGUGCAGGACCAGCUGGUGGCCCGCUGCCGCCAGCUGGGCACAUGUGUGCCCGGCCUGAGCGAUAGCCAAGACAUCAGCCACAGAUGA